AUGGAUGUUACUAGCUCUAAAUUGGCAUAUCCCCUUAAUUUGCUCAAGAGAACUCAGAACAGCGAUGCACCAAACAAGCGGAAACAAACGGAAAAUGACAACGAAGAAUUUGAUGUUCAAGGAGAUGUAGGAUCAACAAUCAAUGAGCAUAUUCGACAGAUUAAAGAUUCAAAUACAGGGAAAUUUAUUCAAGGACCUCUAGAUCCCAUUUUUGGACAAAAGAGGGCAUUUCCGAUAGCCUUAGAUUUGGUAUCGGUAGAUCCUAGUAAAGCCACGAUCGACGUGAACUCAUAUCUGGCUCUAGUCCGUUUAGAAGCACAACAAUUUGAAAGAAACGGGUUCCGCUGCGACGCUUUUGUGGCAAAAGACAAUAGCCUUAGUCCAAACAAACAACAGGGCCGCAGUGAAGCAACCGCUGAUGAUGUCAAACACAGAAGCUGGCCAAUGGAAUAUUUAGAGGAAUUCAAUAUUUUGAAGGAGAAUUAUUGCAACUACAGAUUAAACCUAACCGAGCUCGAUGCCAUUGAUUUGCCACAAAAUCAAAGAGAAUGGAAGUACUUGAUUUUCAAUAAUGAACCUUCCCUGGCUAUUGUGGCUCAAAUAGUAGAAGAAAAUGUCAACAUCAAAUUGAUAGUAUAUUUCACAAAAUGGCUGAAUCGGGACGUCAACGUCAAUUUCGAACAGUGGAUAUUUCAUAUGUUGUAUGCUACCGACACUGUGAUGACUUCAUCAAGUAUGUCAGUGAUGCGAGCCCUGGGAAAAAAGGCAUUGAAACAAAUGGAAGGAGCAUUAAGCGAACGCAAUCAAGUAAUAAUGGAACGAAUUGUAUUGAUUAUAGGAGUUGUGUAUGGACAAAAAGACUUAUUGGAGUACUGA